CGUUUAAUUGAAUUUAACGAAGUCGCCUUUAUCAACAGCUACGGCAUAGCCUUUAUAUUAUAAUAUAUUGCACGGAAGGUUAUCAGUAUCUAAUUAGGCGGUUUUUGUCAGUCUAAUGCUUUUAGUUUGGUAAAGUGGACACUUUUCUAGCGAGUCUGCUGCCGUCAAGUUUUGUGUGGUGUAAUAUUUUUAAUUUAGUUAUGGAGGAAUAUUUGGCUUCUAGGAUUAAAAUAGAGCGGCCGAUUUAUGAACAGGAUCAAAUUAGGAAAAAAUAUCAAUAUGAAGAGGAUCCUGAAAAAUGUUCAAAAUUUAACUGUAACGAAAAUUUGAACUUAAAAAAAGGAAUCGUCAAAUUAAUCCCUUCCAUUGGUUGGCUGGCACAUUACAGAUGGAAAACCGACUUUUUAUCAGAUUUAACUUCUGGAUUUACAGUAGCUGUGAUGCACAUACCCCAAGGUAUGGCAUAUGCUCUCCUUGGAAAUGUCCCACCUGUAGUAGGAAUUUACAUGGCCUUCUUCCCGGUUUUGACAUAUUUUUUCCUUGGAACAUCCAGACAUAACUCGAUGGGGACUUUUGCUGUUGUUUGUUUGAUGACGGGAAAAUCCGUUUUAGAAUACAGCAAUCCUUCUUAUUUUGUUAAAAAUUUGGAAGUAAAUAUGACAGAUGAUCCUUUAAAGCAGAAAAUUAUUUAUGAUUAUAGUCCAAUCCAAGUUGCAACCACAGUCACUUUCGUCGUCUCUAUAUUUCAGUUGGCUAUGUUUUUUCUAAGAUUGGGGGCAGUAAGCGCCCUCUUAUCGGAAACUUUAGUAAGUGGGUUUACUACAGGGGCCGCUGUGCAUGUUUUGGUAUCUCAAAUAAAGGAUUUAUUGGGAUUAAGGAUUCCAAAAUAUAAGGGAUAUUUUGUAGUGGUUCAAACAGUAAAAAGUAUAUUUGAAGAAAUAGGAAACUUCAACAUGGCUGCAAUAAUUAUAUCCAGUGUUACCAUAAUAAUUUCAUCUUUAAACAACGAACUCAUAAAGCCUUUAGUAGCCAAGAAGUCGUCCUUUCCCGUUCCGAUCGAGUUAAUAGCUGUAAUUAUUGGCACAUUAGCUUCCAAAUAUGGUUCUUUACCAGAUACCUAUAAUAUAACCACAGUUGGAGACAUACCGAGUGGGUUGCCUUAUCCCGAGGUUCCCCAGUUUUCCUUGAUAACUUCAGUGGUAGUGGAUGGUUUUACCAUUGCUGUUGUCUCAUAUACUAUAACAUUAUCGAUGGCUCUAAUUUUUGCUCAAAAAUUGGAUUACGAAGUUGACGCAAACCAGGAAUUAUUAGCCAUGGGUUCUGGUAAUAUGGUCGGGUCAUUUUUCUCUUGCAUGCCGUUUACAGCAUCUUUAUCACGUUCUCUGAUUCAACAAACUGUCGGAGGAAAAACUCAAAUUGCAUCUGUUGUCUCCUGUUGCAUUUUGGUCGUGGUUUUACUAUGGAUUGGACCAUUUUUUGAGCCACUUCCCAAGAGCGUUUUGGCCAGCGUAAUAGUGGUAGCCUUAAAAGGAAUGCUGAUGCAAGUAACCGCUCUUCCGAGUUUCUGGAAACUAAGCAAAAUGGACGCUUUGGUUUGGUUGGUUACAUUCCUUACCGUCGUGAUUGUGGGCAUCGAUAUUGGACUUGCUGUUGGUAUUUUGAUGUCCCUGCUUAGUCUCUUGGUGCUCAAUUUCAAACCCUACACGUGUCUGCUGGGCCACAUUCCCAAAACUGAUUUGUACUUGGACUGUGGCAAAUAUAGGGCUGCUGAACAAAUUUCUGGCAUCAAAAUAUUCCAAUACAGUGGAGGAAUAAAUUUUGCCACCAAAUGUAUAUUUAAAGAAGAGUUGGCUAGAAAAGUUGAAAUCAACCCACAAAAGGAAAUCAUUUACCGAGCGAAAUUGGCUAAAUAUGCCCAAAUUAAGGAAGAAUCGAUUUUAAAACCCAAAGUUGCUAAAAUCGAAAGAAUUCAAAACAAAAUUACAACCGAUGUAAGGUGCAUUAUUUUGGAUUUUUCGUGUUUAAGUUACAUCGACCCUUCAGGAGUUUCCAUGCUGAAAGGAGUCGUGGAAAGUUUUAAAAAGUUGGACAUUCCAAUUUACGUAGCCGCACCAUCAGAUAAGGUGUACGAAAUGAUGUCUAAAUGCAACCUAUUGGAUGAAAAAAAGGCCUUAUUAAGAACAUUUCCAACUAUUCAUGAUGCUGUCCAAUGGGCUUCGGAUAUUUUUAAUACUAAUCUAAAUUCAAAUAUUUCUAUAGUAAGCCGAAUUUAAAGUAAAGUUAUUGGCUGAUA